AUGGUUGUCCCGGCUGGACCCGCUGUUCCCGCAGAAGAAGGACCAGCUGCGGGGCUGGGCUGCCCCCGCCACCACCGCCUGGCUUUCCAGGUGAGACCUCCAGCAAAAUGGAGCAGGGAAACAAGCUCUUUUGUCACUCGGAUGUUCCUGACCGUGACCUGCUCCCCUGGGAAGGAAACGGGUCGCUCCGGAAUGACACAAAAGCCAUGGGGCACUGAGGGACAGAGGACACGCACAGGCCUUUGGUGGGAGUAUGCUGAGGAGCAAAACCCCAGCUCUGCCAAGGAAUCUCUGUCAUCACAAAGUACAAAACUGAUUUCACGGAUAGUCCUUUCACAGAUGAUUGAUGAGAAUCAAUCCAAAGAAAACGGGUCUGCUUUGCCUGUGCAGCCCAUGGUUCCCCAGCCCAGGGCCUGUCAUGUGAAGCAGUCUUUGGCUAACCAUGCUUCAGUCAACCUUGACAGAGCAGUUCUGGUACUUCCCAGCAGACUGGAAGUUCAGGCCUCGUUAGAUGACACCACGUCUCUGUCGGACUCUCCCAUCGCAGAGGAAAAGUGGUGCCAAGAGCAGCAGAAAGGCUUUGCCUCCAUCACUGUCACAGCCAGACGUGUUGCUGUGGGCUCCAGUGACCCAGCACGAGGAGCUGGGGCCCUGCAAGAGCCCAGUGUUGUGUCCCCCACCUCGAGCAAGGUCCCUGCUGCCUUCCAUCACUGCUGUGCUCUGGGACAAGCAAACCAAAGUGCCUCUGAGUUGAAGAUUCCUGAAUCUUGCUCACAAGGAGGUCGUGAGCCACAAAAGCAGCAUUUUGACCCUGGAAACAAGGAGAACGGUCCUCAGAGCAGUGAUGGGAGAGAGAAAGUCCCACCUUCCUUCAUCUCACGUGUCCACCUGCAGGUGUCCCAGCAGUGCCCAAGCACCAUCUAUUAUUUAGACAAGUCGCUCAACUUGUGCAUUGAGCAGCCCCGAAUUAAACGCCAAAAAAUCCAUAGAUCAGCGUUGUCCCUCACUAUAAAUUGCAGUUCGUCGAGAUUAACAGCAGAUGGAGUAGAUGGCAUAGCUAAUGGAGAGCCAACCGAGGAGAUAUUUCAAACAAAGCUCCUAGGAGAAAACAAGACUCCACUCAGAUCAAACUUGAGCGCAGACUUAACAGAAGAUGCUGUUAAUAAAGACAAAACACUUGAAGGCUGUUUGGGUACUGAAUACCCUUGGCAAAGUGUCUUUAUCUCUGAACUUCCAGCAUUUGUGGACAAACCCAGAGGACCUAAAAGCCCAGUAAUAGCAAAGCAAGAUGAGGAUAAGCAGCCUGGCAGCUCUCACACCACAUCUUCUCUCCAGCUUCCUAAUUCAAGUGAUGAGGCAGGAACACAAAUGCUGUUGGGAGGCAAGAAGCAGCAAUGCCCCCCGGGCAGGAGCAGUGCAACAGCCUCUGGCUCUCUUCCAGAUGCAGCAUCCAGAAAGGCAACUGCUGGUACUGGUGGCUCAUCAAGAGAUCCCUCCACAUCCAAAGAAAUCCAAGUACAGGGCAUCCUGAAACCAAAAGUAUCUGUCUCCAGCAGUAUGUGCAAUAUCAAAACUUCAUCGGGGAUCCCCUCGGAAGAAAAUGUCCACAGGCAAAACCAGCUCCUAAAAAGUGACUAUGAAUUCUGUGGUUCAGGUGACAAAAGAAAGGACCACAAGGAGGAGGCUGAGCAGGAGGGAGCCAGUAGGGUGACACUGUCCACCACUGGCCUGCCAGAUGGUUCUUGGGAGCAAAACACCAUCUUCACCUGGCCAGAAACCAGCCCAAAGCCUGAGCAGGAGCCACCAGCCCCAUGGACACUGCGGGAAGCACUAGAAGCCCUGAAGCCUGAGUUCAUCUCUCGCUCCCGAGAAAGGCUAAAGAGGCUGGAGCAGAUGGUGCAGCUGAGGAAGGCCCGGCAGAGCGAUGGUCCCACCAGCCACCCGGGAGCCCCUGGUCGCAGGGUCUCCUCAACAUCCCCUUGGAGCAAGAAGAGGCAGUACACCAUUCCUCACCCUCUCAGUGAUAACCUCUUCAAACCAAAGGAAAGGUUCAUUCCAGAGAAGGAGAUGCAUAUGAGAUCAAAAAGGAUUUAUGACAAUUUACCUGAAGUGAAAAAGAAACAGGCAGAGAAACAGAAGCGGAUCAUCAUCCAGAGCAACCGGCUGCGUGUGGAGAUGUUUAAAAAGCAAUUACUGGACCAGCUCCUUCAAAGAAACACAGAGUGACAAAGGAUCUCUUGUCCAUCAUCUUCACUGAAUCUUGAAUGCCUUUGACUGCUAGAUAAGCCAUAAAAUGUCCUUUUCUCUGAAUUACCUGGAGGUGUUUUUCUUAUCUGUGGCUCUUUUUAUAGAAAGAUAGAUCAUUUUUAUUUCAAUUGAAAUUUUAAGGCAACUUUCAAGUAAUCAAAACCAAUCUAAAAGGGAACACAGCUGGUUCAGGGCAUCACCUUUUUGUCAGUUUACCCAGAGGAAAUACUUUUAAGAAUUUUUAAUACAAAUACUGAAUCACAGUGAUAUUUUUUAUCUUAGUCUUUUAAAAAGUAUACGUCUCUGUAGCAAUAGAACUGGUUUUAUAGGAUCUGGAAAACUUAUUUCUCUGCAGUAUUCUAUUAACUGAUUUCCUGUGAGUUAAAUCCUUGAAGUAAAGAAAAAUGAAUAUUGUUAUUUGUUAUGUUUAGAAACUAGCUGAAAUAGCAUUACCACAUAAUCAUAGCAGCAGCAGUUUCACAUUAAUACUUAACAUACCAAAAGGGACCAAUAUUUAACUCUCUGAAGAACUCUAUUCCUGUUUA